AUGAAGCAGGCUGUCUUGUGCACACUCCUCACUCUUUUCGUCGUCUCCUUCACUCAAGCGGCGCCCACGGAAGUGCUCUUACCUAGAGUGGGCGAUUGCGGAUUACCGCCUGGUCCGGGCUAUAAGUCUUGUCGCAAAGUCAUACUGCGAGCAGGUGUGCAGCUUAACACCCACAUUCUCUCUUGCUCUCUUCAGAUUGUUGCCAGGCUCAUCCGUGUAGCCCUUCUGUCAAGACAUUGUGCUACAAGUGGGCUUUCUGUGCGAUCACACAACGUAA